AUGGCGGUGGUGGAGGAAGCGCGCGCGGAGGCGAUGAACGAGGAACGGCGGCGAACGGUGGAGGAGAAAACGGUUCUAUCGUGUACGACGUUCAACGUGCUUGCGCCGAUUUACAAGAGAAUGGGUGUCGAGAGCGAGAGGGAGAGCGCCUGUCAGCACGUAUGGCGGGAGCGCAAUCAGCAGAUCAUCAAAACGUUGCUUGACACCGACUCUUCCAUCCUAUGCCUGCAGGAAUGUUGGCUGGCCAAUCCGGAGUGGGUAGACAUGUACGACACAGCGUUACAGGGUGCUGGUUACCAGCUUCUCAAGCUGCCUCGCACAAACGCCAGGGGAGAUGGCCUCAUGAUGGCAGUGAGGGCAUCCGAGUGGGAGGCGGUUGACCACCACCCGCUGUGCUUCAAUGACUGUGGGGACCGGGUGGCACAGAUUGUCCGACUCCGGGCGAGGCGAGGAGGAAGGGGAGGGGAGAGAAGUAUGAGGGGAGGAGAGGAGGAGGAGGGAAAGGGGGAAGGCGAGGAGGUUCUGGUGGCGAACACGCAUUUGCUCUUCCCACACGACGCCAACUCCAGCAUUGUGCGCCUCUGCCAGGUAUACAAGCUCCUGGAGCGCAUUGAUGGGUACAGAGAGGAGCACCACGCAGGUGCACUGCCCAUCAUACUCUGCGGGGACCUGAACGGCACGAAGCAGGGCAACGUGUACAAGCUGCUCAGGGCGCACGGCUUCGUGUCCUCCUUUGACUCGGCACACCACCACAGCGACGACGACGAGCAGUGGGUGAGUCACCGCAACCACCACGGCAACCUAUGCGGGGUGGACUACGUGUGGGUGCUCAAUCCAGAGCAGCACCAACGAACGCUUGCAGUCAACUGGCGGACGGCGGUUUUUGGCCUUAUCAGGUCCAAGCUCGCUUCAGCGGGCAUCACCAACGUGGAAGCUGCUUUUGACUUUUUCCUGCGGGCGGGUGAAAGGCGGGCGGCACAGAAACGGACGGCAGAGGGGCGGGCGGCAGGGGAACAGGCGGCUGCUGCUUUCAGCAUGGGCGAUUUCCAGAGGGGUCUGGACCGACUGGGGUUGACUGGCGUUGACUCCAUCGGACUGACGCGCAUCGAGGUGGAGGAGCUCAUGCGGUCCGCUGACUGCCAGGGGAAGGGCUGCGUUGACUUUGAAGACUUCAAGGAUAUCUUUGACCAGCCCACGUGGGACGACACUGUGGCAGCUCUCAGACACUCUCUUGCCACGUCAUGUUCUGCUGACUCACUUCCACCACCUGCUGACUCAACUGCUGCAGGUGCUGCUGACGUUCACAGAACCGCCUCUGACAUCAGCAGUGCCUCGAGUGACAUCAGCAUUGCAUCACCUGACAUAAGCGAUGACGCGGAUGGCGGCGCGAAGGCGACUCCAUCGAAUAGCCUCGGCGUCAAGUACGGCAGCGGGUAUAACUCCGCCGCGCCUUACGUCGCUGCUGGCGUGACGGCGAUUACCAUUCCACCCGACGUCGGCGCUCCGCAGCUGGCGCUGAGAUCCCCGCACGCUGGCGCAAAGUUUUGGCGCAAGGUGCUGCGGUCGCCGGGCUUUAAGGACAUGGCGCGCAAGAGAGCUGCGCAGCAGCGGAGCAUGUCGUUCCAGCAGUUCGACCUGCUACAGUGGGCGAUUAAGAGAUCCGUUUGGCGGCCCGGGGGCGGGGAUAACGGCGGCAUGGUGACGUUUCGCCCGGCAAACCCGGCGGCGUAUGCGGAGCUAGAAGCGGAUUUCAUCUUCAGCGCGAGAUCUAUGGCGGUACUAUGCCACCAGAAUGUGAUCCAGCUGCUGGGUUACUGUUUCGAGUGCGGCGAGAGGGUGCUUAUAUACGAGUUCGUGGGAGGGCCGAGCUUGGAGUCGAUGAUUUUCGGGAAUGCUGACGUGUGGCGGGAGAAAAUUACGACGUGGCGAAGGGGUUCGCGAAACGCUCGCGCGCUCAAGGACCUCGGGGUUGUUGCGGAGGGCGAGGAGGAAGGAAUACCGUUCGAUUUCCUGCACCGGCUACUGAUCGCCGUUGAUAUUGCCGAGGCGGUAGCGUACCUGCACACAGAGUUCCCCAGGCCGUAUUUAGUUGAGGGGUUGCAUCCGAAGAACAUAAUUUUCGACACGAACGGCGUUCCCAAGGUGGGGAACAUCGGGCGAAUGAAAGUUUUGAUGACCCGAGACAUCACUGGCGGCGCGAGCAUGCUGGGCGGGUUACCACACGCGCCGACGCUCGCGAUAAGUGGUUACAUCGACCCCAGUUUUAACAUCACGAGGAAAUCGUCGCCGCCCAAUGACGUGUACGCGUUUGGCGUUAUCCUCCUGCAGAUAUUCACCGGCCGCCCACCCGUGAUUGAGAACGAGCCUGGCGAAGCUACCGCGAAGCUGGACCUAGGCACGUGGGUCUCGAAGCGCCUUAGGUCCGGAGGAGAGGCCAGCAUAGGGAGUAUAGUGGAUCCGCGGCUCGGCACUGCCUACCCUGCUGACGUCAUUCGGAGAGUGUUACAGGUUGGGCUGGACUGUCAGCUUUUCCCCGCUAAGAAACGCCCCGCUAUGAAAAAGCCUGAGGCUGGGGAAUUCGUGGUUGGGGAGGAGGAGGGGGGGAAGGUGAGUGGAGGAGAAGAGAAGUUGGGGGAGAGAUUGGUGGAGGUUAGUGGGGAGGAGAUGGGGAAGGGGUUGGAGGUUAGUAGGGAGGACAUGAGGGAAGGGGCGACGGAGGUUAGUGGGGAAGAGAUGGGGGAGGGGGUGGAGGAGGUUAGUGGGGAGGAGAUGGGAGAAGCUACAGGGAGGGCGGAGAGAGAAGGGGGAACUGAGCAAGGGAGUGAAGAGGGGAUGAGGAAGGAAGAUGCAGGAGAGAGGGGCAGUGUGGGAGAUGUGGGUGUGGGGGGGGAUAUCUGCGAGGAAGCGAAGGGGGGUGAGAAGGGUGAAGAUCAGAAGAAGGGGAAGAAGGGGAAGAAGGAAAAAAAGGAGAAGAAGGAUAAGAAAGAGAAGCGGAAAGAGGAGGAGCAAGCAGAGCGGGAACAAGUGGAGGUUGGGGCGGACAGCAAUGUGUAG